CACAAUUCCUUGUAGGCCACAAUCAACCUUAUCUCAGAACGAUUAAAAUAAUAGACAGAUCCUGCAUCCACGUUUUCAUUCACAUAACGUCAAGAGACCUAUAAAAUGAGUAACUGCGUUUGCUACAGAAUGUAGAAUCUCAUUGGCCCCUUUCUACCAUUAAUUUAUUUGUCGACACAGCAGGAGUUAUCAUACAAUUCACUGCUUCUUUGCACAGGCCACAGUUCAGUUCUUCUCUGCUGAGCUGAUCUGGGAAGGACUUGUACCCUUAAGAAGUAAAAGUCUGAUUUCUUUGGGAGUAGGCGGGCUGUUCAAUUUCCUUUUUUUUGAACUCUACUACAGGAGUUCUCUAUGUGACCUAGUUUUUGAGUGCUCAUAAGAUCUGCUUAAGGAUGAUGGGGACUCUAGCACAGUUUGCAGCUCCACCUUAUAGAAUAAUCAGUACAAGUCAUGUUCAGAUUCAGAACUCUAAUACAGUGCAACAAGUUCCAAAGACGAUGUGCAAUAUGCAAUCACAUUCAUUUAGAAUAAAAAAUUACAUUCGAUCUGGGCAAGUAACUGGCACAGGUAAGGUUUCAAGUCCUGCAACAGACUUUCGUGCAAAUGUAGCUGCAGCAUUUUCUGCUUCAGCAAGGAAAGGAAGGAAAUUAAGGAAAGGAGUGAUUACUUGUAUGUUUGAGCGGUUUACAGAGAAGGCCAUCAAAGUAAUUAUGCUUUCUCAAGAGGAAGCACGACGCCUCCAGCACAACUAUGUAGGUACAGAGCAGAUUCUGUUGGGUCUUAUUGGUGAAGGGACUGGUAUUGCAGCAAAAGUCUUAAAAUCUAUGGGAAUCAAUUUAAAGGAGGCUCGUUUAGAGGUUGAGAAAAUCAUUGGCAGAGGCAGUGGGUUUGUUGCUGUGGAGAUUCCAUUCACUCCAAGAGCAAAGCGUGUGUUAGAACUUGCGCUUGAGGAAGCUCGACAACUUGGACAUAACUACAUAGGUUCUGAGCACUUGCUUUUAGGGAUGCUGCGUGAAGGUGAAGGUGUUGCAGCUCGUGUGCUUGAGAAACUUGGAGCUGACCCCAGCAAUAUUCGUACCCAAGUAAUUCGAAUGGUUGGUGAAAGUUCAGAAGCUGUUGGCGCUGGAGUCGGAGGUGCUAGCAGCAGCAACAAGACACCAACUCUUGAGGAAUAUGGAAGCAAUUUGACAAAACUUGCACUGGAGGGAAAGCUUGAUCCAGUUGUUGGUAGGCAGCCACAAAUUGAGCGAGUUAUUCAAAUACUGGGACGCCGCACAAAGAACAAUCCUUGCCUUAUUGGUGAUCCUGGUGUAGGAAAAACAGCAAUUGCUGAGGGACUAGCACAGCUAAUAGCUGCUGGAGAUGUUCCAGAAACAAUCGAGGGUAAAACGGUUAUUACUUUAGAUAUGGGGCUACUUGUUGCAGGUACUAAGUACCGUGGAGAGUUUGAGGAAAGGUUAAAGAAGCUAAUGGAUGAAAUCAAACAGAAUGAUGAGAUUAUACUCUUCAUAGAUGAAGUCCAUACUCUUAUUGGAGCAGGUGCAGCAGAAGGGGCAAUUGAUGCAGCCAAUAUCCUAAAACCAGCUCUUUCACGAGGAGAACUACAGUGCAUUGGGGCCACCACCUUGGACGAAUAUAGGAAACACAUUGAAAGGGACCCUGCACUAGAGAGAAGAUUCCAACCUGUACAAGUGCCAGAGCCAACUGUGGAUGAGACAAUACAGAUAUUGGGAGGUCUACGUGAACGAUAUGAGAUUCAUCAUAAGCUACGUUAUUCUGAUGAGUCUUUGGUGUGUGCUGCCAAGCUAUCACAUCAAUACAUCAGUGAUCGUUUCCUCCCCGACAAAGCAAUUGAUCUAGUUGACGAAGCUGGCUCUCGUGUGCACCUUCGUUAUACACAGCUUCCUGAAGAAGCAAAAGAGCUUGACAAAGAAGUGAGGCAGAUUACAAAAGAGAAGAAUGAAGCUGUUCGAGGCCAAGAUUUUGAAAAGGCUGGACAGCUACGUGAUCGUGAGGUGGAACUAAAGGCACAAAUUACAGCUAUAACAAAAAAAGGGAAAGAGAAAUCAAAGGCUGAGAGUGAAGCAGAUGGAGGUCCAGUUGUAACUGAGGCAGAUAUUCAGCAAAUUGUAUCUGUAUGGACAGGCAUUCCAGUUGAGAAGGUAUCAUCUGACGAGUCUCACAAACUCCUGAAGAUGGAAGAAACACUCCAUCAACGCAUAAUUGGGCAAGACGAAGCUGUCAAAGCAAUCAGUCGAGCCAUUCGCCGUGCAAGAGUUGGCUUGAAGAACCCAAACAGGCCAAUUGCAAGCUUCAUAUUUUCAGGUCCUACAGGUGUUGGCAAGUCUGAGCUUGCAAAGGCAUUGGCAGCUUACUAUUUUGGUUCUGAGGAGGCCAUGAUAAGGCUGGAUAUGAGUGAAUAUAUGGAGAGGCACACUGUUUCCAAGCUGAUUGGUUCACCCCCAGGAUAUGUGGGAUACACUGAAGGAGGUCAGUUAACUGAGGCUGUUAGGAGACGCCCUUAUAGUGUUAUCCUCUUUGAUGAAAUUGAAAAGGCUCACCCUGAUGUUUUUAACAUGAUGCUUCAAAUCCUUGAAGAUGGAAGACUCACAGAUAGCAAAGGUAGAACUGUGGACUUUAAGAAUACCCUUUUAAUCAUGACUUCUAAUGUUGGUAGUAGUGUGAUUGAGAAGGGAGGUCGUAGAUCUGGAUUCCUUUUCCAAUUUGAAGAAGAUGAAGAAGAUAACAGCUACACAAGAAUCAAAAGCCUUGUCUUGGAAGAGCUGAAGUCAUAUUUUCGCCCUGAGUUCUUGAAUCGACUAGAUGAAACAAUUGUUUUUAGACAGCUCACCAAAUCAGAGGUAAGAGAUAUUGCAGAUAUCAUGUUGAAAGAAGUCUUUGAACGGCUUAAAAUCAAAGAAAUUGAACUUCAAGUUACAGAUCGCUUCAGAGACAGAGUUGUAGAUGAAGGCUAUAGUCCUACCUAUGGUGCAAGAUCACUACGCAGAGCAAUUAUGAGAUUGUUAGAGGAUAGUAUGGCUGAAAAGAUGCUUUCUGGUGAGAUCAAAGAGGGUGAUUCAGCUAUAGUUGAUGUAAAUGAGGAAGGGAAUGUGACUGUUUUGAAUGGAAGUAGGGGUACAGUAGCUUCAUCAACACCAGCAGCAGCUGUCUAGGAAAAGGCAUCAUACAUUUGAGUAUUUGGGCCAAAGAUUGGUGAAAGUUGUCAAUUUCAUAUAAAUGUAAUAAGUUCUUCCACAUUAGAAUUUCAGUUUUAGUAUUUUCAUUGGCUGCCUAGAAUAUGCAACUAUUGGGAUCAUGAUCGAAGAGGACCUGUAUGAUCUGGUUUGCAAGUGGGACAAAGUUCCUUUAUGUAUAACUUUACUUCACCUGGGCAAUACCUGUUCUGACUUCUUGUCUCAGUUACAUGUCUGAACGACAUUUUAGUUUGGUACAAGGGUAUAUAUCCUUCAUGAUAGAUAGCAUUUCUAGUA